AUGAGCCGCCGCCGCUCAAGAGGAGCAGGACCUGGUGCAUUGCAAAGAAGAGCUGCAAAGGAAGAAAGCUUGCUUGACGGCAACUCAGCCAACACGCUUCAGAACUUUUUCCAAAGCGCAAAGAGGGCAACAAGGAAACGUAUAGCUGUUGAUGUCGAACCGCCAUGCUCGAGUUUUCCAUUUCUCGGCUAUCAGGUUAGCCUCCCGGAAGGAAUACAGCCAUACAAAACCCAGAAGAAGAUGAUUGUCAAGAUCCUCAUGGGGUUGAACGCCAAGCAAAAUGUUAUGAUUGAGAGCCCGACUGGAAGCGGGAAAACCCUUGGGCUAUUGUCAUCUACUUGUGAAUGGCUGGUGAGGCACAAAAUGCGGGUCGUUGAGUCGAUAGAGAAGUGCCCGGUACACGGACAGGAAGCAGCUGCCGCAACGGCUCAAGCCACGCAGCAAGCAGUAGUAAAGCAGGAAGAACCAUCACCCAAGGCGAAUUUGGACCUAUCGCCUCUUCGGAAACAUUCUGACGAGAAUGUACUCGAUGACUGCAUCAUCAUCGAUGACGUUAAAUUGGACGAUUCCCGUAUCGGCUUCGGGCAUGACAUUUUGGAGCAGGCGAACAAGCGAUAUGAGGACGAUCAAGAGGAUAUGAUCAUCACACAGCCGAAGCAACUGUCCCCAGAUCUCUUUGAGGCUGGAGAGCCGAAGGCUGAUGAAGAAACAAAGCAGCCGAAUUGCACCUGCGAGCCACGCAUCCGUGUUUACUAUGCCAGUCGUACGCAUCGCCAGAUUUCGCAGGUCGUCAAGGAGUUUUCGCGUCUGAUUUACGGCCACAAAUUGAAGCAUACGAUCCUCGGUUCUCGUGAACAGCUCUGCGUCAAUCAGACUGUCCGCUCGGCGCCGGAUUUGACCGCAAAAUGCAAGGAGUUGUUGAACGCUGACAGUGGCCUCGGAUGUCAAUUUCGCGAGAAAUUGAAAGCUCUAUGCCCGCAAAGUACGCCAAAAACGGCAACGCGGCUGCGAGAGUACAUCGAACCGACGGUUUGGGAUGUAGAGUCACUGAAAGACUCGCUUGGUGAGCGACCCAUCUCUGCUUGCCCGUAUUUUGCAGCAACUCGCGUGCUCACCCUGGAUUCGGAUAUCAUUUUCUGCCCAUUCUCCUACUUAAUCGAUCCAAUCAUACGCGAGUCGUCAGAUGUCCAUCUCAAGAACAGCGUUGUGAUUUUAGACGAAGCACAUAAUGUAGAAGAUUUUUGCAGAGAAUCAGCCACUUUCCUUUUUCACGAUGACGAAGCGAUGAAUGCGCAAACGUCAAUGGCUGAGAAAUGCGACGAGAUUGGCAGAGAUCUCGGAGCAAAACGAAAGGUAGCAACGGCGGCUGCCGCAACCUAUGACGAAGAAGCCCAAGUUGUCGCUCACACCCAGGAGCAGUUGCGACGAAUGGAGGAGUACCAGCUUCAUCUCCGAAACAUGGAACGCUACAUCAAGCAAAUGAGCAGCUGGAUCCAGGAAGUCGCGAGGCCCGUGAAAAAGAAAUGCGAGGAAGGCGGUAGUUGGGGUCAGACGCCGUUUAGAGCCACGCAAUCAUCGUUCAACGACGUUCAAAAGUUCACGCAAACGAUGAACUUUGCCGAGAUCCACGUAAGCCUGGAGCGUCACAAGUUGCUGCUGCCGGAGGGCGAUAAGACGGCGGACGGCUUCAAGACUUCUUACCAGCAGGUUUGCAGUGCAAAGCUGGACGACGAAGAGGCGGAUCCGGAUUUUUUAAUAUCUCGGUACAAGCCCUCGUCCGAAGCGAUCGUCUUUAUGGAAAAGAUGUUGCACUUCCAAACUUUUUUCUUGCCGCAAGGAAACAGCGAGUCGUAUAGAAUGAACGUGCUGAUGGAGGAGGAGGACUCGAACAGCUUUGCCACCCAAAACGAGACGUUUUCCUCAGCUGAUGUCGCUAGAAGAAAAGGCUGGCAAACAACGGUGCCAAAUCCGCUGGAUUUGAUUUCCGGAAAAGCUCCGAGGCGCUCCGGCCAGAAAGUGCUUGAUGGCUGGAAAACGACGAUCGGCCUCUGGUGUAUGAACCCGUCUUUGGCAUUCCAAGGCGCUUUCUCCAGCGUGCGAUCGGUGGUCUUGGCUUCGGGCACAUUGACGCCGACCGAAUCCUUCGAAUCCGAGUUGGGGAUGAAAUUCCACCACAAACUCGAUGGUGAGCAAGUGAUUCCCCCGGAGCAGAUUUUUGCCUCUGUCGUCAAUACGGGCCCUGCCGGAUUGCCCUUCAUCGCCACCUACAAGCACACUUCCGGCCAGGACAACACGUUUUCCCGUGAAUUGGCCCGCGUCUGCCUUUCCGUUUCCGAGCGCACCCCGGGCGGCGUGCUCUGCUUCUUCCCCUCAUACCGUCUGAUGGCCCAACUUACCGGAGAGAUGGACCGCAUCGGCAUUAUGAAGCGACUCAAAAGCGUCAAAGCCGUCUUCUCAGAGCCGAGACGCUCGUCGGACUUGAAGCGUACCAUGGACGAAUAUAGUGCAGCUAUCCAGAAACCGGAAACGCUUGGGCCCGACUGCACCGGCGCGAUUAUGUUUGCGGUUUUUAGGGGAAAGGUCAGUGAAGGCAUCGAUUUCACCGAUGAACUGGCAAGAUGCGUGAUCUCCGUUGGCAUCCCCUUCCCGAAUACGAAGGACGAACAAGUGCUAGAAAAGAAGAAGUUCAACGACGAACGGCGCAUGAAAUCCCCGUCCGACACGGCCAACAUCUCCGGUGAUGCCUGGUAUACUGUACAGGCUUACCGUGCCCUCAACCAGGCUAUUGGAAGAUGUCUGCGCCAUCAACGAGAUUGGGGCGCCAUUGUGCUCGUGGAUCAAAGACUCAGCGCCCAGCUCUCGCCACAGGCUCCUAAUAAAAUUUCCGGCUGGGUCCGCGCCUGCCUACGCGGCUACUCAAACUAUGGACAGUUCGAGCGCGAGCUGGAGGGCUUCAUGCGCGCCCGCUCUCGCGAUGUGCCCACUGAGCGGCACGUGCUCACCGAAGAA